AUGACAGGCCUAUGCAUGGAUUACGACGAUUUAAUUCGUUACUUUGGAGAUCGGUAUAAAACGACCGCCUUCAAUCCCGUGAUUGAGCGGCUCCUUCUUGCCUGCCCCUCCUCCACCGUCUUCGCACUCGGCGGUCAUUCCGUCGUCGUGCAGAUCUCUCCGAGCAUAGUGGCCAAGGUGGUGGUUCAACCAGGAGACAGCAGGCUACAAAAUGAACAGAAAAUAUUUCAUCUUCUCGAGCAAACAGAGUGUCGGUACAUUGCCAAAUGCCUCUUUCGCGGAACCGAUGUUAGUUUUCUGGAAUGUCUUCCCCAUGGCACUCUCCGCGACAGAAUGAGCAUCAUCUCCAAGGUCCCUCGGCCCGUCCUGCAAUGGAUGUUGCAGCUAUCGUCAGCAGUCGCAUGUAUAGAGAACUUGGGGUAUGCCCAUGGCGAUAUUAAUCCUCAAAACGUUCUGGUCGACGACAACGACGGACUGAAAUUAAUCGACUUUGAUCAUGCACUGCCGAUCGGGGACCGCCUGAAUGUGGGAUACGAGCCCUACGUUCGACAAUAUAGAGUCGGCACGAAAGACAAGGGCGGGUCCUUUGGUGUUGCUGGACCGAAGACGGAGCAGUACGCUCUGGGGUCCAUGUUUUGGUACAUGUCCCGGGGCACUGAGUUGUAUUCCGAGCUUGAAGGCCCAGAUCAGGUUGAGCGCUUACUCGACGAUAUUUUCCCAGAGGUCAGCUUGGAAGAUCCUAUGGACAAGAUUAUAGACAACUGCUGGCAUGGGCGGUACAAUCGCGUGGCGGACUUGCUCCGGGAAAUAGAAGGCAUCGCCGGGAGCACGACAAAGGAACAAGAGUUGGUGAAUGGAAUGGAGGAGGUUGAGAAGCGCCGCGUUUGUGAAGAAUACUACAACAGCGUAACUCGUCCAUAG